CUCUUUCUUCUUCCUCAAUUCUUGAAACUCUCUUUCAGAUUUCAAGAAACCCUUAAAAUCCUCUCUCUGUCUCUUUCUGUUUGUUUGUUUUCUUGUUUCCUUCUCUCUCUCUCUUUCUUUCUUUGUCUUCCUUUCCCAGGUUGUUUUUUUUUGCUCUCUCUGCCUUCUUGACUUUCAAAAGACUCUUUCUUUCUUUUGGAUUGAUUUUGGAUUCUAGGGCUCUCUUUCUUUUAGUGGGUUUUUGUUGUUGUUGUUGUGGUCUCUCUGAUGAUUACUGAACUUGAGAUGGGGAAAGGUGAGAGUGAGCUUGAGCUUGGUCUAGGGCUGAGUCUUGGCGGUGGAACGGCGGCCAAGAUUGGUAAAUCAGGUGGUGGUGGCGCGUGGGGAGAGCGUGGAAGGCUUUUGACGGCUAAGGAUUUUCCUUCUGUUGGUUCUAAACGUGCUGCUGAUUCUGCUUCUCAUGCUGGUUCAUCUCCUCCUCGUUCAAGUCAAGUUGUUGGAUGGCCUCCUAUAGGGUCACACAGGAUGAACAGUUUGGUUAAUAACCAAGCUACAAAGUCAGCAAGAGAAGAAGAAGAAGCUGGUAAGAAGAAAGUGAAAGAUGAUGAACCUAAAGAUGUGACAAAGAAAGUGAAUGGGAAAGUACAAGUUGGAUUUAUUAAGGUGAACAUGGAUGGAGUUGCUAUAGGAAGAAAAGUGGAUUUGAAUGCUCAUUCUUCUUACGAGAAUUUGGCGCAAACAUUGGAAGAUAUGUUCUUUCGCACUAAUCCGGGUACUGUCGGGUUAACCAGUCAGUUCACUAAACCGUUGAGGCUUUUAGAUGGAUCGUCUGAGUUUGUACUUACUUAUGAAGAUAAGGAAGGAGAUUGGAUGCUUGUUGGUGAUGUUCCAUGGAGAAUGUUCAUCAACUCGGUGAAAAGGCUACGUGUGAUGAAAACCUCUGAAGCUAAUGGACUCGCUGCACGAAAUCAAGAACCAAACGAGAGACAGCGAAAGCAGCCGGUUUAGAUCUCUUUUCGACGUUACGGUGUUACAGCUCUUGCGCUGAUGGGGAACUCCAAGAGCAAAGCGAGGGUAUCUACGCACAUUGAUGUUUCUACUUCAGACGCGAGGAUUCCCUUUGCGUUGGCAAAAUCAGCAGAUUUUUUGGCGAUCUCGAACAGUUCCAACAAAUCCUUGUCGUUCUUCUUCAAGACAGGACAACCUUUAGAUGCGUUCACAGGUGGCCCAUGUUCCCCGGAUCUAGGGUUUUUAGAAAGUUUCAUUGGUAAAGCUGAUUUCUUCUUCACCUGAAUAGUUCUCGCUGCAAAAGACUUGUAAUCACCAGGCUUCUUCAAAUUUUGUUUGGUCUUGCCGGUUUCAUGAUUAGCCGCCCUAGAUCUCUGAUCUUCUGUCUUGUUCAAGUUUGAGGAUACUUGAACAACAUCAGGCUUCUGUAGCGUUAGGCGAACCUUGUAGCAAGUACUAUUAUCCCUCACGCUCUUCAUGGAUACUUUUUCUGGAACAUGAUUCUGUUCAUCAAUUUGCUUAACUUCUCCGGUUUCAUGAGCGUGCGAACUCUGAUGUUCUCUCUUCUUCAACCCCGAACAUACUUUAACAACAUUAUUUUUCUUCAGAUUCAAGGUAAGAGCUUUGUUGUAAGUAUAAGCGUCUUUUUCACUGGAAGAAAGAGUCUUCUUCAUCGAUGAGGAGUUGAACAAAACGUGAGAUUCCAUUCCUAAUCUAACUAGGGUUUAACUCUAUCAAAUUUGGUUAUCGAAUUAUGGAGAUAGAGCGUAGAGAGUUUCAGGUAUUAUAUAGAUUGUAGAGAGUAGAGACCC